AGAAAAUAUUAAAUAGCGAGAAACUAAUGUUAAAAUUCAUCAAUUAAUGUUUUUGUUUUUUAUUUAAUAAUUUUAUAGGAAUGAUGUGUAUGUAAUAACCAUUCUAUCAAGUUUAUUUGGAUUCGAUUGUUGGCCCGCCAUUUUGAAACGGAACUUCAUGUCUUGCUUGCCGCUUCUCGUUGUGUCGUUGUCGGUCUUUCUUUCAAUUUGUAGAAAAUGGCUACCGAAGAGUUGGUGACUGAGCAAUUUCAGUUUUUGGGCAUCGACGUUGACAACGAUGUAUUAACAAAGUGUGUCCUGUUAUGUGAGGAAUAUGGUGUUGAUGCUGAGACUUUUGUUGAGCAAUGGAUGGCAUUUAGUCUGUCUCACCUAAAUGGCGCAGCGCCUACAUUGAAGAACUUGGAUUUGCUAGAGAGAAAGGAAUUUUCCAAGCGCGGGGUAGAUCAAGUCAAUGCGGCUAUCAAAGAAACAUCGCAUCAAAAUGCCGGUAAAUCAUUGACAAUCUACAGUGUACCGGUGGAUGACCAGCCAGAAACUGAUGUCCUGUCUAAUUACAUGACAACAACAACACCUAAGAGGGUCAAAGUUGAAAAAGAUACCAGUAAUCACAGUGAGCUACGACCAGCUACAUAUUCUCCAACUGUUGGUCACUCAGCUAAGUAUGCUUCAAGGACCAAUGCCGGUACUGUCGUCUUUUCUUACGGCGAUGAGGAUGUGAAGCCUGUUGACAUAAAUAAUGUACUGAAUCUGAAUGUAACACAAGUACCGAACGAUGAUAAUGAUACGUAUAGUAAGGCUAUGUUUGGCUUCGAGCUGCUAUAUGAAAAGGCUACUGUUUACGACAACCACAUACGCUACAUAUCUCAGACUAUCCUGAAGAAACUGGGCAUUACAGAGACAUGCUCUGUUCGUCACAAAUCACAGACUGAAGUGACGGUGGCUGGGCGGAUAGAAUGUGACGCGGACGCUCGGCUCAACCCCAAGUCAGUGGUGCUACAAGGAACGUGGGACGAAUCUCUGAGCCAAGCUGUACCUGUCGACCUUGAUAAUGUGCAGCAGUACGCGCUGUUCCCCGGGCAGGUGGCGGUGCUGCGCGGCGUGAACCCGCGCGGGGACCGGUUCCAGGCGCGCGAGGUGCUCUGCGACGCCGCGCUGCCGCUCGCCGACCACCGCAAGGACUUGACUAACACCUUCAUAGGAUCAAUGUCAAUGAUUGUAGUGGCUGGACCUUACACAACAUCAGACAACCUGUCCUACGAGCCGCUGAAAGACUUGGUCACAUACAUCGGCAUGCACAAGCCGCACAUCGUGAUCAUGACGGGACCAUUCAUGGACAGUGAACAUGUUAAAGUUAAGGACAACACUCUGGCAGAAACUUACAAAUCGUUCUUCGAAAAACUACUCGACAGUUUAGGUGAAAUUAGCAAUACAAGCCCACAAACAAAGAUCUGCAUAGUUUCAAAUCAGAGUGAUGCAUUCCACGUGAACAUUUACCCCACUCCGCCUUAUACGACGCGGAAAAAGCAUCCAAAUAUACAGUUCCUGCCAGACCCGUGCACACUCAACAUCAAUGGCAUCUACGUUGGGGUCACCAGCACUGACGUCUUGAUGCAGAUCAGUAAAGAAGAGAUUUCCCUCGGCACGGGCGGCGACAAACUGGCGCGCUUGGCCGGGCACGUGAUUGGCCAGCAGAGCUUCAGCCCGCUGUGGCCGCCGCCCGGCGCGCCCGUGGACGCCGCGCUGUGGGCCGCGCACGCGCAACUGCCGCGCACCCCGCACGUGCUUAUACUGCCGUCCAACUUCAGAUAUUUUGUUAAGGAGGUGUCUGGCUGCGUGGUGGUGAACCCGGAGCGGCUCGCGAAGGGCGCGGUGGGCGGCACCUUCGCGCGCCUCACACUCAACCUCACCGACAAGACAGAACACGUCUGUAAGAGCAUUUCCGCACAAAUCAUACGUAUUUAGCUUUAAAAUUAAUUGAUUUAAGAAACCACUAUUAUCAUGAUACGGACAAUAAAACUCAGUAUUUUU